GAUCAGAAACCAGAGGCGGAUCUGCCGGGAAACACUUGGACUGUGGACAGAAGGGAGGCCCCACUCACACGCCCUCUUGUGAAAGCAGGAUUACCUCAUCUGAGCUAUGAAUAGAGAUGUUCACACAGGUUAUGGAGGAGAACAACGGCGUUUUCUACCAGUCCGGGUUAGAAUUCACGCAUAGAAAGCCUUUGGGUUUUUAUGCAGAUCCUGAACACGAUAGACAGAAAAAUGUCUGCCAGCUAACAGUUAUGAAGUCGACACAUAUACUUAGAUUAUUUUGGCUACUUGGCGAAUAUGUCGUCAUAAGAAUGUCAUUGAAUUAAGUGUGAUAUGAUAAAAAUAGGCCGUGCCGCAGUAGCGCUGCAGCUAGAGGCUCCACGCCGGAUGUGCCUUAUAUGGUCAAGACACGCUUCUCUCUGAUUGGCUGCCCACAUUAGCGACAGGGUUGUUGCUGGAGCCCUCUGAGUAGGAGAUCCAUCAAUGUAAUUGAAAAGGGAUACGAAAAAUCACAGUUUUUAAUAGAAAGGGCGCGAUAGGAGUAUCACAACAAUUAUUUAAUUGUUUAAUUCUCAUCCUUUGGCAUACAUUAUUGUUGAAUAACAAAUGUUGUUGAUGUCAAAUACAGUCUGCAUCUUUGUUGAUUAUUUCUCUCAGUUAUAGGCUAUGCCUCGUGAAGCAAUCAUGCACGUGCAGAUGAACCAUCUUUAAGAUAUCUCUGUAAUAUGCAUAAAUCGCAACCUCACACAGGAAUCCAAAAGACAAACUGCAAACAAUGCACGUAAAAUGACGUAUCUUGUUCAUUCAUGUGAAAGCUGCAACGUUAUAAUUAAAGAAAAUAACCUCGGUUUGCGCAUUGGACGCGUUAUUUGAAUGCUUAAAAUGUUGAAUCAAAGCGAGAAUUGUUUUGAAUCGGGCAUAUCUGUGAAAUACCGUAUAUAUAUUUGGCCCGUGCUUAACUGUCUCCCCUCCGGAUCAGUGGUACAGUCUCACAAAUUUCAUUCAUAAAAAUCUGCCUCACUAUAAAGAGAAGCAGCGUUGAUGGCUGGUGCCUCCUAGCGUAGUAACCUCAAUCUAGAUUUUAAAACCCCCUGCAGAAUAGCAUUUGGUGACAUUAGGCACAUAGCACAUAUUAAUCUGGUUCCCAGCAUCUCCUGGAGCGAUCUAGCAGAAGUGAUGCCUAAAAACGCGAGUGUUUCUCAGGUGUCUGCAGAACAACUGCUGCACACAUCAGCUUCUGAGAUGAAGGAUACGCAGAAGACAGGUAUUCUGAAGGAUGCUGAUGCUGCCUUUGUUCCAACGGUCACUGCUGUAGCUUCAGCUCCAGAUCUCAAGUGGAUGGUCCUGUCGACUGACAUCUCCUCAGUGUCGCCCUGCAGGCGUGAGAAACCACAGAGCUCGUCUCACUCCACAGAUGCCAAACCAGCUCAAAAGACCUUCACCGGCCGGAGGAAGGGGAUGAAAGAUCAGCUUUCUCCAGAGGAAGAGGAGAGGAAGAGGAUCAGAAGAGAGAGGAAUAAACUCGCAGCUGCCAAGUGUCGAAAUCGCAGACGAGAACUAACCAACAGCCUCCAAGCUGAAACUGAUAGUCUUGAGGAGGACAAAGCAGCUCUGCAGUCUGAGAUUGCCAGUCUGUUAAAAGAGAAAGAACGACUUGAACUCAUCCUCUCUGCUCACAAGCCCACUUGUAAACUCACGGAGGAAACGGCGGCAGAGAGUGAGGAACAAACCCAAUCCCAGGAAGAGGAGAUUCAAGCUCCUAAUGUCUGCCCGGAACAGGCACCCACCUCCCCUCAACAGGCCGAUCCCACAAGCACUGCGAUCUUUGGCGACUCCGACGUCCUUUUGUGUUCCAGUGCCGUACUGGGCACUGCUGAGGUGGAACCAUACAUCGAUAUGCGAGAUAUGUCCAUGGAAGACAUAAGCGACGUGAUUGACAGCAGCGAUGACAUGGAUCUGUUAGUGCCAGAUAUAGACCUUACUAGCUCUCUUGGUCUUAGCGAAUGGGAAACUCUUUACAUGUCAAUGGGUGGCGGGUUGGAACCUCUAAGCUCGCCUUCAUGUAGCCCUACCUGUAGCAGCACCAACGCCGUGCCCGUCUUCAGCUUCAACAGUGAAGAUGUGGAAAAGGAUGACAGUGGAAAAGAGGGCAAACCUAAUGCAGCCAAAGAAAUCUUGACAACUUUAUGAAGCUUCUGGCACAUCGUUCUUAUAAAGGUUCCAAAAUGGGGUUUUCACAGAGAUGUCUAGGUACUUUAUUGGCAUUUAUGGUUCAAUGAAGAAUUGUACAAACAGUCUUU